AUGGCCGACUCUAAAGAGGCGGAACAGCAAAGUACUUCAGAGUCGGAUCAAGGGGAAUUUCUAGAGUCCGAAGCACCUGGGACCAGUGGAAAUGUUAUGUUCAUUGCAAGCGAUUCGUACGAAAGUUUGAAUUAUGAAAACCUCGCAGACACACAAUUUCCCAAGUCAGCCUCCGGUCCAAUCCAUUCGAUUGUGCGACAGAAUUCUGAGUCUGAUGAUCAGGUGGACUCGAAUGAAAUCUCCACCGGUGAAGAAUCGGACCAAACCGAGACCAAAGAUUUAUCCAAUGCUGUUGACAAGCUGAGUGUGGAGGGGAAGGUGUCAGCUGAAGAGGCCCAGGUGGAAGAACUGAAUGAGGAUGACGUGAACACCUUACACUGGAAACAUCAGCGGAAACACAUCUUUAUACUCAGCGAGUCCGGAAAGCCAGUUUAUUCCAGGUACGGCAGCGAGGACAAGCUUGUGACCAUCAUGGGCGUGAUGCAGGCGUUAGUGUCCUUUGUGCAGGACAACAAGGACCAGAUUCGGUGCAUGAUCUCGGGGGACCACAAGUUUGUGUUUUUGAUCCGAGACCAUCUGUUGAUGGUUGGAGUGACACGAGGAACAGACUCUACUCAGCAGAUGUUGUUGCAGCUAUCAUACGUUUACAACCAAGUGCUUAGUGUGCUCACGUAUAGCACGCUCUCCAAAAUAUUCAAACAGCGGAGAAAUUACGAUCUCCGAAGACUUUUAUGUGGUGCUGAGAAAUUUUUUGACAAUUUGUUGAACUUAAUAGACAAUGAGUAUGGGUUCUUACUAGGCGCUGUGCGAUGCUUACCUUUGGAUACUUCAGUACGAGAAAUAAUUGCUCAAAGUAUAGUUCAACAUGCAAAAGUCAAGGAUCUAGUAUUUGCCCUGAUCAUUGCUAACAAUCAGCUGGUGACAUUAGUGAGAAUGAAGAAAUACUACCUCCACCCCAUGGACCUGCAUCUAAUCAUCAACCUCGUCAACGCCUCCGAGUCUUUCAAAGCUGCCGAGUCCUGGACUCCCAUCUGUCUCCCCAAGUUUGAUAACAGUGGAUUUUUACAAGCCCAUGUGUCUUACCUCGAUGACAACAGUCAGACGUGCAUGCUGCUACUGUCCGUGGAUCGAGACAGCUUCUUCACUCUCUCAGAAUGCAAGAACAAGAUUAAGGAGAGAUUACUAAAAUAUAACGCUCUGCGUGCAAUUGGCGACUCUCUACGUAAAACCAGCUACAGCAUCCAGCAGUGUGCUAUCCAUGACUUGCGUCACUUCCUGUACAAGUCCCGCAGCACGGCACAAUACACGAGUCCCGAGCUAGAGGCACCUUAUCUCAACCAAUCAGAGCAGGAGCGUUUGUUUGGUCUCUAUCAGUACCUCCAUCAUCGAAUACACACAUCAGGCCGCCCACUAAAAAUACUCUUCCACGUAGGCAGAUAUGAAACCUUGCUAGGAUGGGUGACACAGGGGUUUGAACUGUAUGCUGUGUUUGGCCCCCUGGUGACGAAGACUGGAGCAAUACACGCUGUGAACAAGCUGCUACGCUGGAUCAAGAGGGAGGAGGAUCGACUCUUCAUCCUAAACUCUGUUUCAUUCUGACCAACAAAGGGACAUAACUCAUCAGAUGUGCCAGGUUCAUUCAAAUGUUGUUGGUGAUAGACAAGUGGAAAAUUCCGAACCCCCAAUUUCUAACAAUAACAUGUACCUUGUAACACUUACAGGUAUACAUAAGUGUCAGUGUAUAUGUUGAAAGUUCUACUGGCAGUGGUGAAUUUAUUUUCCCUGUACUCAAAUUAGUAAUGAUGUCUUCAUGACUGUCACUUUUUCUUGUGUGUUUUUCUUUCUGACAUGGUGGUUAAGGUGACACCAAAACUACUAAUGCAUAUAGGUUUUAAAAUAUUAAUUUGAACUUUAAUUUCACCUUGUUCAAGGACAGUACUUUGUAUGUUGACACAACUUCUGAAAUAUUCUGCUCCUAAAAGUUCAAAAUUAUGUGAUAUUUUUUCACAUGACCUCAGUUAAUCUGUCAUACCAUGACAUAUAGUCUUAUGAAAUAACUGUGUGACCUUUGACUUCUUUUGCAUGGUAUAUUUGUGUUCAUCAGUGAAACCUUUGUUAAGUUAUUACAACCUUUUUAUAAUCUGAGUUAUGAAGGUGAAAAGGUUUUUUGAAGCAGUCAGUCAUAACUUGACUGAAAACUGAAAAUUGUGAGCGAAAAUAUAAGGAAUUUGCUUUCAUGAGGCUAAAAUAUAUAAGAAACAGAUUGGUAACAUAACUAACACUAAGACAUGAUUAUUAAUAAACUGUUGUAUUAAAGCAAUGGAUAUGAUUUGGAACUCCUGAGUUCUGGCCCACAGUGUGGUUAUAGCACUACGACCUGUCGUAAGUCUCUGUGAAGAUGUAGAAGUAGUGCUACGAUCGCUUUGUGAACGGGGCUAUGGGGGGCUUUUCUAUGGCAGAUGGUGCAAUAGAUAUGAUGACUUUCAUCAUCAGUGUGAAAAUAGAGGAUAGAUAGUGUGCAUAAUGAUAGACUUAAAU